CCGCCAAAACCAUAUAAACAAUUUUACAUUUCGAUUCGCACUUUUGAAUGUCGAAAAAUCGAUCUGAAAGUCAAAAUAAAAUGAAAAGCAACGCAUGGAGCUGCUGAAACAGCAACCUAGAAAAAUUUACUUCAUUGAAAUCGGGCAAGCAGGAAGUAGUGACCACAUAAAAAUAACUAAGCCUGAAGGCCGAUCAUCAAAACGUGUGAUAAAAAAUCACUAAAGAUUCGCAAAACUAUUGAAGAAAAAAGGAAUGCAAAAGUGUUCGGGUUUUGUGUUCUGAAGACUCCUGUCCCACUGCAAGUUUAAUUUUUCGGUGAUGAAGCCCACCCAAACCGGAGGGAGUAGUUCCAAAAUGACUGAACCGAUUGAGUAUGUGACCCUGAUAAGUGACGACUCCGAUGGCGAGCCAUCGCCCAAAAGAAAUGCACCUCCGCCAUUAACAUCAAAUCAUAACCAAAAACAGAAGCAGCCAGAUGAGGACUCCAAUGAUGCACCGGCUACCAGCGAUGAACGACGCACCAGCAGGCGCAAUCGACCAAAAGUGGACUACAGUAACAGGCCUAGUGGGAGUGGAGAAUCCGCAUCCAAUGACAAGGCAGGAUCGGGAUCCUUAGGAUCCAACAAUCAGCAGGCGGACCGACGUAGCCAAAACCAAAACCAAGCUCGCAAGUCAGAGACAAAUACUACCUCCGUUUCUGGUCCUAAUGCCGGUAAUCCAAGACCCUCGCAGAACGGAGACUCUAAGGAUAAAGAUGUGGGCACCCCCACCGUUUUGUCUGGCCAAGAGGGUGCAGUUUUUCAAUCGCGCUUGCCAUUUAACAAGAUGACGCCGAACGAGGAGGCCUGCUUUCCGGACAUUAGUCGUUCGGGAAUUCUAGGUAACCGCGUGUUCCUUAACAUUCGUAAUAGCCUGCUUCACAUGUGGGUGGAUAAUCCCAAACUCCAGCUGAGCUACGAGAAUGCCCUGAAAAACCUACCGCCGCCCUUCGACAGCGAACCUAGUUUGGUGAAGCGGGUACACUCAUUCUUAGAACGUCACGGAUUUAUCAACUUUGGCAUCUUCAAGCGACUUCGACCUUUACCCACCAAAAAACUAGGCAAAGUCAUUGUGAUCGGUGCAGGUAUCUCCGGCUUGGCUGUGGCCCACCAGCUACAACAGUUCGGCAUGGAUGUAAUUGUCUUGGAGGCGCGAGACCGAGUUGGCGGACGUAUUGCCACGUUUCGCAAGAAUAGCUAUAUCGCGGAUUUAGGUGCCAUGGUGGUGACCGGCGUUUAUGGUAAUCCUAUGACGAUUCUGAGCAAACAGAUCGGCAUGGACCUAGUGCCGAUCCAGCAGACAUGCCCACUCUAUGGACCUGACGGCAAACCCGUGCCCAAGGAAAAAGAUGAUGUGAUCGAGAGAGAAUUUAACCGUUUGCUGGAAUCCGCAAGCUACUUGUCUCACCGCCUUGAUUUCAACUACGCCGGAAACUGUCCGGUUUCUUUGGGCGAUGCCCUCGAGUGGAUCAUCAGCAUGCAAGAGAUGCAGGUCAAGAAUAAGCGGGCACAUCACAUGCAAGAGAUCAUAGCCGCCCAAAACAAAAUCAUCGAGCACCGGCGUCGACUAAGGUCUAUCAAGCAGACCAUUGCCACGCUAAGGAGCGAGCACCACACAAUGGUUAAGCAGCGGAAGCCCAAGGGCGUGGAGAGCGAUACGAAUUACGGUCGUCAGGAGUUUAACCUAAGGAAUACCCAGAUCAAGAUGGAUGAGGCUGUCAAGGAAUUCAACGCGCUCCAUGCCGAGGAUAAGGAAAUGGAAGUAAAACUCCACGAACUAGAGCAGAACCGACCGAGCGAUGUAUAUCUCUCCUCCCGCGACCGCCUCAUCUUGGAUUGGCACUUUGCCAAUCUUGAGUUUGCAAAUGCAACCCGGCUUAAUAAUCUUUCGCUAAAGCACUGGGAUCAGGACGAUGACUUUGAGUUCAUUGGCCAUCACACCACAGUGCGGAAUGGUUAUUCUUGUGUUCCUGUAGCUCUUACUGAAAAUCUGGACAUUCGCGUCAAUAGCGCCGUCAAGGAGAUUAAGUACGGUACACAUGGCGUCGAAGUGGUGGCCGAGAACUUGAAGACCUCCAAUUCGCAAAUGACGUAUAAAGCAGACCUGGCCGUCUGCACACUCACCUUGGGCGUCUUGAAGGUAGCGGUGGCCCACGAAGAGUCACAGCAGAGCAACACAGUUAAGUUUGAUCCUCCUUUGCCCGACUGGAAACAGCAGGCUAUCAGAAGACUUGGUUUUGGGAAUCUCAAUAAGGUUGUCCUCUGUUUCGAUCGAAUCUUUUGGGAUCCGAACGCAAAUCUUUUCGGACACGUGGGCAGUACAACCUCCAGUAGGGGAGAAAUGUUCUUGUUCUGGAGCAUCAGCUCAUCUCCAGUGCUGCUUGCGCUGGUCGCCGGAAUGGCAGCCAAUAUUGUGGAAAGUGUGACGGACGACAUCAUAAUCGGGCGCUGCAUGUCAGUGCUAAAAAACAUUUUCGGAAACACAUCUGUUCCCCAACCCAAGGAGACAGUGGUUACGCGCUGGCGCAGCGAUCCUUGGGCCCGUGGUUCCUACAGCUAUGUAUCCGUCGGUUCCUCGGGCAGUGACUAUGAUCUAUUGGCGGCGCCUGUUAUUCCACCAUCUAAUAAGGAUGCGGAAGGAUUGCCACGCCUCUUUUUCGCUGGCGAGCAUACGAUACGGAAUUAUCCGGCCACCGUCCAUGGAGCCUACCUGAGUGGAUUGCGUGAAGCUGGACGUAUUGCGGAUUAUUAUCUCGGCUAUCCGGAAGGCACACCGCCGGACAUCGGCUACUCUGUGGCUGAGGCGGCUAAUCUAGUGUCCGUGGGGAACGUUGUUAAACUGCGGGACCUUUCACCAAACCUCUCAGACUCCCCAUCGUCAAAGAAGUCUGAGGAGAAUUCAAAUUCAAACACUGCCGACUCUGCGGAGCUACAGUAACCGUGUAUUUAGCUUGAAGGACUUGGGCACUGCCGUAUGAUCCGAAAGCGUUUAGACCUUGUAACAUACAACCUGGGACUC